AUGAGGGAAGCAGUGCCGUUAGCGGCACUGAGCUCACCGUCGAGCAACAGUGACGCGUCGGCAGGUAUUGCAGGGGCACCGCUAUCAGACGAACUUGCGGGGGCGGUGGUGACGGCCCACGAGCGCUGUGGUCUUCGUGCGGCAUCACCGACCGCUGCCCCUGCCGGACGCCAUCGCAGCGACAAGCGCUGCCGGGAGCCUUGCGUCCCCCGAUCUCUGUCUCACAGCACCGCCCCUCAGCGCCAAGACGGCGGCGCAUCCGAGACGCCGUCUUGGCGAAUGAGCCCUGAAGAGAGUCGCGGUUCCGCUCAGAAAUCUGAAGGCGGCAAUCUCCUGGAGCUCCUUACCCGCGUGUCCUCGACACGUAAAGACCUCGACGCUGUCUCCACUGGUGUGGUCGCACCACCUUCGCCUGGCAUAAUCACCUCUGCACAGAUGAAGGAGCCAGCAGCGUGCUCGCAGUCCCUGGAUGCGCCGCUCGGCGGCGCGCUGUCGGUGUUUGAUAGCCCCAAGGUCGGGGAUCCCGCGAGGGGCGGCGUGGCCGAACGUGCCACCGUCGACAACCUCGACGCUGAUGAGUACACACAAACACCGUUAUUCCGCGUACUCUCGCUGCCACGCGGACUGAUCGGUGAUGAUGCGGCGCCGCGCACCAGACGCUCCGAGGUGUGGCAGCCGGCUGUGGCGGGUAGCGAGAGCAAAGCCAGCAUCGCGACGAUGCCAGCGGCGUCGGGAAGGGCGCUGCAGGAGACAGACAGCGACGACAAGGACGCGCCAUCUCUAGUGCUCCACGGCCUCGUCGCACCGCAACUGUCGCCAGGGGGCAUGCGAAGCGGAGACCGCGGCGUCGAGGACUGCGGUGCCCCCGCUGCGUCGGCGGAGUCUACACCGUUGCUUCCCCUCUGUGCGUCUGUCAGUAGUGGCGGCAGCGUGUUUGUUAGCAGGCAGCUGCGCGCUGAGUCGCCUGGUACGGCGCUGACCACGCCCACCGACGUAGCGAUGGCAACCUCCGCAGCCGCACGCAGUCGGUCUGUCACCAGUGGCACACCGCUGCUUGACUCGUUCCGCAUCGUUCUCUCCCCAUGCCCCAGCAGCAUCGCGCCAGCCUUCUCCCUCGUGCCAUGCCCCACAACGCCGCGGGUGUUGUCGCCGGUGUUGGUCUCAGCGCAAAAUGUGCAGCAGCGAUGGCGUGAUCGGGUCCGGGCUCGCACGAGGGUCGGUGUUGGGAGUGGGAGCGGCACCUCUCCCCUAACAUCCACCACGGGUGCGCUGGACCCUCUUGGCGGGCAUACUUUGUGGACUCAGCCUCCGCUGCACCCAGCCCAUGUAGCGGGGUUCUCGGGUUGCGGCAGCGCAGUCAGCGACGGUGACUGGCACGCGGCGUCUGUGACACCACUGCACGACGGGGCACCACCACCAUCGCGGCGGCCCGGUGGUAGGGGUGACGCAAGUGGGAUUGCCGGGCCGAUGCCCCUUAGCUCCUCCUGCUUGAGUGCCGCGGCGAGCCUGUCGAAGGAAGUGCCCGGGGUGAGGCGGGGGCACGUCAGCUCACUACUAUGCGGUGCGCCACCGUGCAGCGGCCCCGGCAGCGGUCGCGACCACGCGGACACGCUGUCGCUUCGCCUUUCCCUCCCCCGGCCAAUUUGCACCUCCCUCGACGCAACGCCGCCGCCUGCACGCCAGCUGCAACAGCAUCCCGGCAGUGCGCACAACCCGCAUGCCUCGGCAAACACCAUUACACAGAGCCUGUCACCUUAUUUGCCUGCGGCACGCGCGUCGUCGCCUCCAUCGCUGCCGCGGCAGGCCGAGCCGCCUCGUUCGCUGCGUCCGGACCACGGCCAGCGUGACAGCGCCGACAGCAGCGACGUGCCACCGUGGCCUCCCACGCCCGUGACGACGGGGCACCACCACGACGGCGGCUUCCGCACCUCUCCCACGGAUGCAGCAUCGCACUCCAGUAACACCUGCCCGUUGCCCGCGCAACCCUUUGUUUUCUCGGCGUCGGCAUCGCAGCGCCGCCUCCAGCCCUCAGCGGUAACGGACUCGGUCCCAUCGCCGUCUGCGUGCGCCGGGUUGCAGCCGCGCGCUCGGCUGUAUCGCGAAUCAAGGCACUUCGAGCCCCUCUGCGUAUUGGGCGACACCGCGCCGAUGAGACGGUUGUCGCCGCUGCAGGCCGACUCGUUUGCAGACGCGGCCGGCCGGUGCGUUGGGGACGGGAUAACCGUGCUAGCGGCCGCUUCGCUCGAACAAACGGAUGUGGAGGGCUUGGUGUCGACGUGCUCGACGCCGCCGCCAUCUCUGACGGUGGUGCCGCCACGGCCCUCGCUGUUGUUCACCUCACAGCGCGUGUCAGGGCGCACUUCGUCGGCCAGAGGAGAGGAUGUGCGCCUAUGGAACGCGACGCCGGCCAGCGCGCAAAGGAUGACGCUGACAUCGACUAGUCUGGAACGUGGCAGCCCGUUGGCGCGAGCAACAAGGGCGUCGGCAACGUCUUCGUGGGCCCUGUCGCUCUGCUCAUCACCGACCGCAGUGGCAGACGUCGGCGGCGUGGGCAGCAAAGGCGGGACGACGCCUACGUGCCGCGGGGGCAGGAGGCCCCACGGCUCUGCCGCGCCGCACACGUCCCCCGCGGACGGAGACGGCCUCGGGCACUUUGGGGUGGAGUCGAAGCUCCGUGGUCUGCAGCGCAUUCGAGACGCGCACCCUUCCUCGUCGACCGGCGUGAGCAGCGCCGUCUCCGCGUGCACCGGGGUCGUUGUCGGGGGAAGCCAGCAAGCUGCUCCAUUCACACUUCGCGUCGACAGCGAGAUUGGUGGAGCGGGUAGCAACGACUCGGGCAGCUUCGGCGUCUACGUGCCAUCGGCACUGCUACCGGGGCCACCUCCGCCGUUGGUAGCGCUGCCGGCAGGCCAGUGUCCCCCCUCAACAGCCUCUCUCUGCAGCGGCGACUCAGCGCCCCCAGCGGCGGUCACCAGCACUGCGGCCACCAGAGCAACAUCCUCCGCCCAGUAUACCUCGCCGCUGCAGUGCCCCUCGCCGGUGCUGUGCACUUGUGAACGAAAUACCGUGCUGGCAGCUGCCGCGGCCACGAAUGAGGCUCUGGUUGAGGACAACGAUGUGGUGACAGCGCUGGAGGAGGGUGCUGCUCAAGCGGACAUCUCGGCAGCACUUGACGCGUCUCUCGACGUCAGCGCCACUGCUGCCGAAGGCGUGCCGGCACUGUUGCCCGCGUCGGUGCCUUCGGCGUCACCCGCUACGCAGUUUCGGUGGGCGUUUAGCUCGCUGCGCGGCUGCCGAAGGAGACAAGAGGACAGCGUCAUGAUGGUCGCGGACCUGCCGGUGCGCGUGCGGAGAAGCACCCCUGCAGCGCCGGCCACUGCCACGACUGCUGCCGCUCCUUCUUCCACUGGAGCAGCCAGCGAAGCGAGUGCGCGAAGAGAAGCCGGGGCCGUGCGCGAAGACACGGAGCGGGCCGAUGCGGACUCGAUGUCAACACAGGAGGUGACGGCGACGGCGCGCCACGCCACGAAUGUGCGAGACGAGGUUGUCUUCGCCUGCUUUGGCGUCUUCGAUGGCCACUGCGGCGACACCGUGGCGUCCCUGGCCUCGCAGUUCUUUCCGGAGCACUUCGAGCACGCCCUGCAGGCUUACCAGAGACAGCUGGAGCAGGGCCAGCGAAAUGGCAGAGGCGCGUCUCGUGGUACCGACAGCUCCGCACAGCGGAGGAGGGGAGACCUUGGAAGCUGCAGCGUAUGUCCCGAAGGGCCACGGGCGGAGCGUCUACGUGGCCAUCACGAGACAGCGCCGAUGGAAGCGGUCGAAUUUCAGCGGGUUGUGAGCGCUGCCCUUGUGCAGGCACUUUUGCACCUGGACCUGACGUUGUACGACCUCCUCCACCACGCUACACACGGCCUCUCCUCCCAGCAUCGUGACGCAGGGUCGACCGCGAGCGUGGCAACGUUUUUCAAGCUACCGACAACGUCUGCGCCGCACCACGGCGGUGCGAGAGCGGUGGUGGGCAGCUGCACAAGCGGCACCCUGUCGUUGGCAACAGGUGCCGGUGACGCGCCGUCAAACGGUGGCGGCUCUGCCGCCACUCGCACACCGGCAACGCUGGAUGAACUAGGGCCGCAAGGGGUGCCUGGCGAGGCGUCCACCCCACCGACGCCGGCCGCGCACGCAGAGGACACGUAUCGGCUCUGCAUCGCGAAUCUGGGUGAUAGCCGUGCCAUCAUCGGCAAUCUGCAGACGGGCGAGCUUCUGCUCAGCACCACUGACCACCGCAUCUCUGCCUACCCGUCCGAGGCAACCCGGAUCCAGGCCGCCGGUGGCGUCGUCGAGCUUGGACGCGUCGACGGCAGCCUCGACGUGACGCGGGGUCUCGGGGACUACCGGUACAAGGUUUCACCGGCGCAGUGGUGGUCCUCCACCGCCCCAGCAUCAGCGACCGCUGUCUCCGCAAGUGUGUCAUUGACGUCGCUUGCGGCCUCUGCUGUAGCGACCAACGCCGCCACCACGGCAACACUGACAGCGAUGGGGAGGAGCAACUCCGCGACCGCCACCGCCACAUCGUCGUCAGCGCCCGUCAAGGUAGUUGCAGAAUCGGUGCCGCCCGCGAGUACGCCGCGUCACAGCGAUGCCUCCGAAGGCUGCUUCGCGGUGCGGGGACUGCGCUGGCAGUCGUGCUCAAGUACACUUCGGAGUCCGACGGGUGACAACAUGGAAGGUGGCGGUGCUUCAACGACAGUUUUUCUGUGUGGUAGCAAUGCGCGCUGCACUGAUGACGAGGUGAAGCCGGUGCCUGCACCCCCAUCACAAGGGCCGCCUCCAUCCGGCGCUCCCGAAAGUGGAGCCUAUGCACCCGCGGUACAGGAACAGCGCUGGCAGCAGGUGCCGUCCCCAGGCCCCUCGUCGCCCAUCUCGCCGCCAUCGCCGUUUUCCUCGUGGUCUCCGCUGGCGUCGGCAUCGGCUGUCACGCUGACACACAACGCCGUGAGCAACAUCGCCGACGUGUAUGAGUGGGAGGUGCGCCGUGGCGAGGUGCUGAUCAUGGCAUCCGACGGCGUCUGGGACCGUAUGACGUCCGAGGACGUGCUCGCCUUUGUGCGCCGUGAGUUGGCAGCGGCACAGCAGCAGUCCAAGGGAGGUGCGACGCGGUUGACGCGCAGCGGCGGCGCUGCAGUGGAAGCGUCGGAUGGUGCGGGGAUGGAGGGGAGGGGGUUGCCAGAGGCUGGUGGGGCGGAUGCAGGGGCAUCCAACACAACUGAGGUAUCACUGUUGCUCCUCCGCGAGGCGCUCGAGCGGACUCCGCUGCGGCAACCGUCACCGUGCGACGAGCAAGGGUGUGCGAGUGCUCGCUCCUCCCCCGCUGCCGCGCUCUGCACGCCAGGCGGCAACGGAGCUGCCGUGUGUGACCAACACGACGACGAAGCGGCGGAUUCGUUGUCGAGCACGACCGGCAGCGCGCCAUGCUUCUUCGCUGUGCAGGCGGCAGCGCGGCGGUUGACGGAGCACGUCGUGGACAACCUCUCGGGCAGCGACAACACCUCCGUCGUGGUGGUAGCCUUUGACUGA